UUCACUAUGCGCUCGUAAAACGGCUCCGUCUACUACAAACGCGGCGGUGCAGGUGCUCUGUCUCUUCGGGAGAGGAUGCGGAUGGAAGGACGGGGGAGGGAAGGGAUGAAGGGAAACGCCACGAGGAAAGAAAAUAGGAUAUGAAAAGGGGCUUGUGCUAAGAGACCGCGAGGUGCAAGGUCGAAUAUGAGAGAUUGGUUGAACGGGGCACUUUGCGUGGUAAUAGCUGGUCGGCAAUAGUACUAUGAUUUGGUAUGUGGCCACUCUGAUAGCAAGUGUAUUCAGCACCAGAGGAACGGCCGCUCAAGGUGCCCACGGAGUGAGAGAGGAGCCCCGGUUUGUGACGGCGCGCGCUGGAGAGAGCGUGAUCCUGGGGUGUGACGUGUCCCCUCCCCUGGACGGCCAGCAGCCCCCCUAUGUGGUGGAGUGGUUCAGGUUUGGAGUGUCUAUUCCCUUCUUCAUCAACUUCCGCUUCUACCCUCCUCAUGUGGAUCCAGAAUACACUGGUAGAGCCUCUCUGCAUGGGAAGGCCUCCCUGCAGAUUGACCCAGUGCGCUCCGAAGACCAGGGCUGGUAUGAGUGCAGGGUCCUGAUGCUGGAGCAACAGUACGACACCUUCCACAACGGCAGCUGGGUGCACCUCACAGUCAAUGCUCCACCUUCAUUCACGGAGACGCCGGCGCAAUACGUGGAGGCGAAGGAAGGGGGAAGCACUGCGCUAAGCUGCUCUGCCCAGGGAAAUCCAAAACCAAUGAUCAGCUGGCUGAGGGAGGGGGAGGAGCUUGCAACCAACGCAAAAUACUCGGUACACGAUGGCAGACUAACCAUCCUUGGCAUCACCAGAGAUGACAGAGGGGCGUACACAUGCCGAGCCUACAGCGACCAGGGAGAAGUGCUCCACACUACCCGUCUGUUGGUUCAAGGGCCUCCAUACAUCGUUUCACCACCAGAGAACGUCACUGUAAACAUAUCCCAGAAUGCACUCUUUACCUGCCAAGCAGAGGCAUAUCCAGGCAACCUCACCUACACCUGGUUUUGGGAAGAGGACAACGUCUACUUCAAGAACGAUCUGAAGCUCCGAGUGCGCAUUCUCAUCGACGGCACCCUUAUCAUCUUCCGGGUCAAGCCGGAGGAUGCUGGGAAGUACACCUGCAGUCCGAGCAACAGUCUCGGUAUCUCGCCCUCAGCAUCAGCCUACCUGACUGUUCAGUACCCUGCCCGAGUGAUCAACAUGCCCCCGGUCAUCUACGUCCCACGGAAACUGCCAGGCAUCAUCCGCUGCCCGGUGGAUGCAAACCCACCUGUGACAUCAGUGAAGUGGGAGAAAGAUGGAUACCCACUCCGAGUGGAGAAGUACCCCGGUUGGAGCUUGAUGCCAGACGGAAGUAUCCGGGUGGCGGAGGCCACAGAAGACUCCCUGGGCACGUACACCUGUGUGCCUUACAACGCCCUGGGUACCAUGGGCAUGUCCCCCCCUGCCACUUUGGUGCUAAAGGAUCCCCCUUACUUUAAUGUGAGGCCUGGGGGGGAGUACCGUCAGGAGGCUGGGAGAGAGCUAGUAAUCCCCUGUGCUGCUUCUGGAGACCCUGAUAUACCAUCUAUCACCUGGAGAAAGGUGGGGAAGCCAAGCAGGAGUAAGCACAACAUCCUACCCAGUGGCAGCUUACAGUUUGUGUCCCUCAGCAAAGAAGACCAUGGAGAAUGGGAGUGUGUAGCCACAAAUGUGGUCACAAGCAUCACUGCCAGCACGCGUAUCCUAGUCAUCGGCACCAGCCCACACGCUCCUGGCAAUAUCCAUGUACUGCCCUUAACAACCUCUGCUAAUGUGUCCUGGGAACCAGGUUAUGAUGGCGGCUUCGAACAGACAUUCUCUGUGUGGUAUGGUCCAGUGUCAAAGAAAAUAGACUUCGGUCCUCAUGACUGGCAUUCGAUGCCAGUUUCUGGUGCUCAGACCUGGUUGGUGGUGCCAGGGCUGGAGCCUGGGACAGAGUACCAGUUCAGUGUGUUGGCUCAAAACAAACUGGGCACGGGCCCAUUCAGUGAAGUUGUGACAGUCACCACUGCAGGCUCUCCUCUGGGUACCCCAGAACCACUGGUGCUUCUUACUCCACCACGGUGCCUCACAGCCAAUCGCACGCAGCACGGUGUCCUCCUCACGUGGCUCCCUCCAGCCAACCACUCCUCGCCCAUCGACCGUUAUAUCAUGGAGUUUCGCCUUGGGGAGAGGUGGGAGGUUCUGGAUGACUUAAUCCCUUCAACUGAGACCGAGCUCAUAGCCAGAGACCUUGUUCAGGAGUCCUGGUAUGAAUUUCGAGUAAUGGCCGUUAUGGAUGACCUGAUCAGCGAGAGCAGCAAUGUUGUGGGAGUUUCUAGCACAGAUCCCUUCCCUGCUCCAGAGUUGCCCGAUGAGGGUUUGGCGCGGCCUGUUGUGGCAGGGGUUGUGGCAACUAUCUGUUUUCUGGCAGCGGCGGUACUGUUCAGCACUCUAGCAGCUUGCUUUGUCAACAAGCAACACCGUCGCAAACUCAAGCGCAAACCAGAUCCUCCCUUGUCGGUGACACACUUCAGGAAAAGCAUUGAGUCGCCGCCUCCUCUCACCCCCUUGCCAGGGGUAGAGCCCUGCUGGGACGAGCCUGCCAGGAGCAGUUUCUUGCCCCCGCCGGCCAGCCCCCUGUUAUCAUCGGGGAAGAUAAGUCCAGAGAGCUCCCCUCCAUCUCGGCCCCGCUCUCUUUCGUCGGAGGGUUCCCACGGUCCGGGCCUGUAUGUCAGGAAGCUGCCGAGCCCUCAGAGAGAAAAAGAAAAGGAGCUCUCCUUCUACAAGAAAACCAAGCGUGCCAUAGCCAGCAAGAAAUACAGUGUGUCCAAACAUGAGGCAGAGGUCACCACGCCUAUUGAGCUGAUAAGCCGUGGCCCCGAUGGCCGCUUCGUCAUGGAGACCAGCCCACCUCCCCGCCGCAUCCAGGGCUUCCCCUUCGCAGAGGAGUCUGACAUGUACCCUGAGUUCCGGCAGUCCGAUGAGGAGAAUGAUUUUGACCCAGGGCCUCUGCCGCCCAUCAUGCCCACGCUGCGGCCCCAGCUCUCCCCAACGUCCUCGAGCCUGGAGUCAACGCAGCCCCCCACCUACAGCCCCCGCCUACACAGGCCCAUGGAAGGUAUGAGCUUUGCAGAGGGCAGUGCACUUCACGCCUCAGGGCAGGCCCCGGCCUCCCGCUACAGGGGCUUUCCCCAGGGCCCAUUCUAUGGGUAUCUAGGCAGCCGCGCUGAAUCAGGGAUUCCACCACCAUUCUACAUGCCUGACAUCAGCCCACGUAGCUCCGCUCUAUCCUCACCCCCAGGCACCGCCGAGGGGCCCUUUGGUUACCCCUCCAUCCCCGAGGAGAGUGGAGAGAUGGAGCACCAUCAGUACACUGCCUCUGGCCAUUCUCUGUCUCACACACACAGCCCUCCUCCUCGCUCACCCGAAAGCUGGCAGCCUCAUGAGUUACCCUUCCUGGGUCUAGAAGGUCCACGGUUCAUAUAUCCACCUCACCAUCCGUUACAUCACCCCCAGGACCUCCCUGACCCACCCCCAUAUCCUCCUCACUCUCUCCCUCCCAGUCGCCUGCACCUCCCACACCUAAAGGAUCCAACAAGCCCUGGACUCCUGCAGCUGGAGGUUCCUGUGGCUCCCCCAGGCAGAGACAGGCCCCCAGGGCCUCCGGUUAGGCGUUUAGCUAUGCAACAGGCCCAGAGUCUCGGCCAGCUCAGACACACGGCCCACGGUGUGGGUGUACCAGUGUUGCCUUACCCUGACCCGGCAGUCCGUGCAGGGAGCCCAAGCACAGCCCCCAGUAGUAGCCCUCAGUCCUGGCUCAGCCCGAGGGCGGGGCGCCGGGCAGACCCCAGCCUACCCCCGCUAGUACUCCAACCCUCCCGCCUCUCUCCACUCUCCCAGAGCCCACUUAGCACCCAGCCGGGUUCCCCAGAUAUUCUUGUAAGGCCCCCUCCGCGCCCCAGCAUCCUCCGCACCUCUCGGUCUCUGGAGAUGCCUGAGAUCACCCUGCAGCCCUCGGCUACUGUCAGUUUCUCUCGGAGGUCCUCCCUGACCGCCUCUCCUACUCAGAGCCAGGGCGCCAAGCAACCCAGCCCCAGUUACCACGCCCACAUGUCCUAUGCCUCCACUGCAGCCAGUUACCCCUCCCAAUCCCCCUCUCCCCCUCCGGAGGGCAGGGAUGUUUUCGGGCAGAGGCCAUCCCAGAGAAGGACAGAGGAGGAGAUGCUACCCUCAGAGCCCUCCCAGCUCCAGAUAUCAGCCUCAGGGGAACCUCUAGGUGCGUCUAGCGAUACUGCCGGGUCUGAGAGCUUACCAGCACUGCUACAACACUGUAUUACUAAAGCCAAGGGAGUGGCUGCCAACAACAAUAACAACACAACCUCCGGAAGGAGAACAGGUGCGUCUCCCUCUCAGACCCAGCAGCAAUCUCAGACACCCCAAGAGGGAGAGGAUCUUAACCUCCCGAGAAAGAGGAAAAAGCAAAACAAGAAGAACCCCUAUCUCUAUUUGACCUCCUUCCUGCGCCGCAGGCAGUUCGAGGAGGACCAGACAGGCAUUCUGGCCAGUGCAGACUCAGAGGGCCCAAAUUAUGGGACUCUACGCUGACCCGUGUGCCCAACAAGCCAUUGGACUCGACUAAACUGACCACCCCUGAGAAAUCCCACCUCAGCACGUCCUGCUCUACCCAAAUAUCAAACGAAUACCUUUCUUAUAAUCCUUAAAAAGUUAAUCUGCGUUUCGGGGAGUGGGAAACAUUGAGCUGAAUACUCCGGGGUUGGAAAUCUUAACUGAAGACAAGAACAAUGGCUUUUCCGGGUCGUCACCGCGACUUGUCUUUGAGGAAUUUCACUUGAAAAUGCUCUGAAAAUAUAUAAUGUAUAUAAAUAGUAAAACAAGGGAAUUAAGCUUCCUCCUACAGUAAUAAAAAAAAAUGUGUUGGUUGAGUAUGUCACAACACGUUCAAGAUUUUUCACUCACUGGUCAUUGAGGGGUCCAUAUCUUUAGGUUUUUCAGUGAUACAGCGUACUGUUAAGCCUGGUGCGUCCUUGGACAGGGACAUGAGUCUACCUUUCCUACAAUACAAAUAGAUUCAGUAUUUAAACACAGGGUUCUUACCACAAAUAUACCUCAGAGUAAACGCAGAUUUGCUGUAAUUCUUGUGGUAUACUGUACGUACUUGACCUUUUUACAUAUGGAUAAAAAGGUUUAUAUCACACGCCACUCUCAUUCUCUCAAACGGAUAAUAUGGCCUAACUUUAUCUACUUUAGAAGCUUUUUAUUACCAGUAAAAGCUAGCAUAUUGUGUUUGUUUUGAUUUGUGAUCCGAUGCCAACAAUUAGAGGACGGUGUCUUCAUUUCUAUGCGCGAUGGUUCAAGUGUGUUUACACUCAUCACUGCGGCGCUGCGUUAAGACAAAGAUCAUAGUCUUCACCAGAUCGCUCAAACUAACUUGGGACUCAAAUGCUCAGCGGAGGUUGGACUUGAAGGGUCAGAGGGACGGGGGUGACAAAUUGUGAACUGUACUGUAUGUAUUUCAUUAUUAAGGAAAUCAUUUGUGAAACGCGGCACAGCUCGAGGUGCCUUUUUUGUUUUUGCCUUGUUUUUAUCUGUUGUGUUUGCUUUUUUUUUCGAACAUAAACUGCCUUUUUCUUCGCCUUCUCACGCUUCUCUCACUGUAGGAGUGAGGGAAACCGAUAGCGUGUGUGUGUGUGUGGUUUUACUUUCUCUGCCAAGGACUCACGAGAGAAAUCGCUACGGAAGAUGCAUAAACACUCGUUUUGUUUUCUUUUAACAUGGGCUCGUGCUUCAACUGUGUAUAUCCAAAUAAUAGGAUAGAACCAGAUUAAAACUUAUGAAAAACAAUAAAAAAAAAAUGCGCACAGUCAGAUUGGGAGGGAAAAAAGGCAAAUAAAUCGACACAUUUUUGCACUGUACAUGCAAAAGAUUUGAUGCAAAAAUAACCAAGCAGUACAGUGAGGGUGUUAAUGUUUAGCAGCAGCUCUUAGAGGAGAAUGUGAUUGUUUCUAAAGCUGUUAACAAGCAAUGGGAAAUAUUCAAACGACGGCCACCUUGACUGUUUAUCUCUAACAACUGUAUAUUACUUGCUAGCUACUUCUCUGUGUGUUUGUUGAUUUUUCGACACUAACCGAUACUGAAUGUAUGUUUUGCUGUACAGGAAAUGAAUGUCCCAAUGUCACAGAACAUUGAAUGACCCGUUAUUAUUGCUUCUAGUGUAGCUGAGAUUGGUGAGGUGACCAGUUGGCGCAUCAAGUCCAAAUUCCUGUAUGCAGUCCCACACAGUUUCUGAGCCAAGUCCCCGCUUUGAUCUGCAGAAGAGGAAACGCAGUUAUCAUCGUAUUGUCACCGAGACAUAUCAAACAGUUUUUUUUCUCCCCCACCUCCUAAUAACGACUCAAAGGUUUCCAGCUAAAAAAAAAAUCCGCGCGAAUGACUCGACUCGACGUCUGCUCGCCGAAAUCUUUUGACGAGCGAGAAAGCGGUGCUUGCCUGAAAGCGAGCGUCAAAGUGCAUAUUCUACUGUAACAGAAAUUGGUUUCGUGUAAGAUACGAGGAAAAAAAAAUCUAUAUUUGUUAUGUACUGUACAUGGUGUGUAUUGUAUUUGUAAAGAUGACGCAAACCAUGGAACACGUUCUUGUAUGAGGAUGUAUGAAAAGGAUCCCAAGGAAAAAGAAAUUAGAUUAUAUAUAAAAGUAUUUGCUUACAGUACGGCUUUAAGUGGAUAAUGUUUUCAAAACAUUUUAAGGUGCCUAAUUUGUCAUACUUUAGCGGACGUUAUUUUAUCUGAGAAGAAAAGAAAAGUUCAUGUUAGUACCGUACAGUGUGUUAUUGCCAUAGCCCGCUGGCUGCACAAGUUGAGUAGUAUUUUCUCUGAUGUAUAGUACGUGAAUGCCCAUUGGAAAAAGCUUUAGGAGCAGAAGUGUGUUGCCCUCUACUAUAAUAUUUCUGGAACAAAGUAAUCCUGUAUUUCGCCCGUUCACGAGCACACAUGUAGAUUCACUCCAGAUCUCUUCGCCUUCACGUGUCCAAAGCAAAUAAACUUUUUCUCUAAGAGUCGAGGACAUGCUAGAGUCCUGUACAAUACGUGCUGUGGAGGAAAUUGUGUUUACAUUAGUUCGACGACGAAACGUGUGUUAGGGCAUAGUUGCUUUGAACAUUACGACUUGGUGCUAUGUUUAACUUUGUGGUGCUGUAGAAUAGAGGUCUGAAGAUUUUUUCCGUUCCCUGUUUCCACAAGCGACUCCGUCGGCCCCUGGUGUUUUUGAGCAACUAGACACUCUAGGCCCUUUUCGUUAACGGUAUCAUGGUGUGAAGACAGUGAUAGACAAUACUGGAAACUAGUAGUGUAACCUCAAAUAAUAGAGACUUGUGACAUUCAGAUGAACUCAAGACGACUUGUUUUCUAUAGCGUGUUUGCAAUGUCUGUCUGUGCUUCCAAGGUACCCUCUCUAAACUAUGUUUGUGCUGAUAUUGAGACUAUUAACCCAGCCUAAAAGGAGAAACAUAACCUAAUUUAGAUUAGUACACGCCACAGGACACAUGAGAAGGAAUCUGAGAGCAUCAGAUCAUGAGGGGAUCUUUUCUACACACUUCCUGUAGGUCUUUGGUUAACAGCACUGUUUUUCAAGCACACUACUGCAGGGGCGCUGCCGUCUCAUGUCACACCGCCACCUUUUUUCAAGGUAGAAUUGCUACUAGUACUGUACAGUAUAGCCAUGGGUAGUCACCAGUCCACAUUUGUAAUUAUCCUCCUCGUAGAAAGGAAUCGGGAAAGCUCAUACAUCCUCCUCCUCGUGGGUUUUUAAGAAUGGAUGUUGUCUUCCGGGCUUUUUUUCCCUCUCUUCUGUUUUCCUUGCAUCUUCAACAGAAACAUGUACAGUGUUUAAGAGGGCUGCUUUGGAUGUACUGUUAGCUCAUUUCUGUUUGUUUUUGGAUUCGUUUGUUUUCUCUCAAUUUUUCUGCUUACAGCUUUUAGUGCAUCACUAGGUGCUGGUAGGAUGAUACUUAGAAGAGAUUUGUUUUUUUCCUUUCGUUUUUUUGAAUUGUAUUAAUCUUGCAUGUAGAGACAAUACAAAAACGCCUAUUUAGCAAUCAUUCAUGGACAUCCGAGCUGGUUGUUAUUGGACGGAAAAUAGAAAUAUGUAGUAUUUUCUAUAUUCUCUGUUUUUGUGUACCAGCACUGAGAACUAGAAUGUAUUAUUAUCGUAGGCUACAAUAAGCACUACAUCGUUGACUGUUUUAGCUAAAGCUCAUACUCAAGCAAACCAAGUAGUGCUUAAUUAAAGGAAGAAAAUUUACUACAUUUCAUUUCACUUCCAUCCACUGAACUCUGUGCUGUACAUCACAUGUUUACAUGCUGUAUUAUAUGUUUUUAUUUUGUUUUUUUUUAUGUGCAUAAUCUGUCUCCAUAAUGUUCAUAUGUAAAUAAUUCAAAGCAAAAACAUUUGUCUGUUUUUUUUUAACUUCCUCUUUUUUUAAACAAUAACCUGAUGUUUCUGUUUUGUUUUUGGUCAGUUUUUUAGACUUGUCUUUCUUUUCUGUCACCGCAUCAGGUAUUUAUGCUUCACUUAACUUUUUGUGAGCAAUUAACUCAUACUGUAUGGUGCUGUACCAAAGCCUUAUGUAUAAUAUUUGUAUUACUUUUUUUCUCAUUUGCCACUGCUCUCCAGUGAAUUCGUCUCAGAUCAUGUCUUACUCACUCUUCAUGUUCAACUGCCAUGGAUCUUGUUUCUUUAUUGAGUAAAACUGAAACCUGAAUGAACUAUGAUGUAAAAACCACUCUGGGCCGUUACCAACUGGCCUUGGAUGUACAGCGGCAGUCGUUGCCAUCUCAAGCCUUUAUAGGGAAAACGCACAGGCUCACUUCCGGUGGCUCGUCAUGACGUAGACAUGGGCUUAGCACAUGCUCUAUGCUCUAUCUAUGGCACGUCUGUGAGAAUAUGAAAGCAGUGUUGUGUUCAUGUCACCAUAUCAUUUCAAACGUUUAGUCCCAUAUGAAAUUUUCCUCUCAAAUUUUUGUAUUUUGAUAUAAUAAAAAAAUCAAAAGAG